AUGCUAUCCUUCGCCAUUGCCAUAGCUGGUGUUUUUGGACCAAUUGGUUCAUACGCGACUACCGCAGGUCCAGCAGCUUGUUCCAACAUUACCUCACAUUUGGGAUCAUCAAAGGUCGUCAGCAGUGAGAUCAAUCAGAAGUAUAUCAACAGCAUUGAGUACUACAAUACUGUCCAGGAUGCCUACAAACCAUCUUGCAUUGUCUACCCCAAGUCUUCUCAAGACGUAUCUGUGGCUCUUCAGGCCAUUCGAUCCGCGGACAGUCGCUUUGCAAUUAAGGCCGGCGGCCACAACCCAAACACCUUCUAUUCAUCCGUUGACGAUGGCGUCCUCAUCGAUUUGAGCAGCCUUAAUGCAAAGUCAUAUGACCCAGAGACCACACUAGCUACAUACGAGCCAGGUGGUACGUUUGGUGACAUAUAUGACUACUACCUACAGUAUGGCCGCACGGUAGUCGGCGCUAGACUUGCCGGCGUUGGAACCGGCUUAGCUCUGGGUGGUGGCAUGAGUUAUCUCUCGCCGCAGUACGGAAUGGCCUGCGACUCAUUUCGAGAACUGGAAAUUGUUCUACCGAGCGGUGAAAUUGUGACGGCAUCCAACACUUCCAACCCGGAUCUCUUCUUCGCAUCCCGAGGAGGCGGCGGCAAUGCAUAUGGCGUUGUGACAAAGUAUACAGUGCAGAGUCGCCCAGCUGGAACCUUUUACGCUGGAAAUGUCAUCUAUGCCUUUGAGCAGAAAGACACUGUUCUCGAGGCGAUCCACGAUUUCAUCAAAUACAAUACCGAUCCCAAAGCAAGCAUCAUCGGCACAUACGAGAAGAUCCUCACCCCAGACCUAGGCUUGAACCUCGACGAAAUCCUCAUCAUGUUCCUCGUCUAUGAUGGGGAGGACUCCGGAAGUGCAUUCUCAAACUUCACCAGCAUCCCCCACAUACUCAACACCCUCAGCCCCAAGACUUACCCCGAAGUAGUCAACAUGCCAAUCCCAUAUUCCACCGAAAUUUCCCGCGGCCCCAACACCUUCCGCGUCGGAGUGCACCGCGCCGACACGGACGAAUACAAGAUAGCCAUGGACAAAUGGCGCGACUGGGCCGAGUCGAACAAGGGCAAAUACACCCUCCUUUCACUGGACUUCCAGCCUGUCCCCAAGAGCUUGACCGAUGCCAGCAAGGCUCAAGGUGGAAAUGCCAUGCAAAUGCCUGACGGCCCGUGGUUUUGGUUGAAUUACCUGAUUCAGACGCCAGUAUUGAUGAGUGGGCCUGAUUAUGAUGCGGUUCAGUCUAGCUUCCGGGAUUUGGUUGCUUCGACUUCUAAUGCUGAGGGCUUGCCGCUGUUCAUUAAUGAUGCUAGCCACGAUCAGAAUCCGCUCUCGACUUUCUCGACUUAUGCUCAGUUGCAGGAUAUUAAGAAGAAGUAUGAUCCCGAUAAUUUCUUUGCUGAUCGGACUGGUGGUUGGUCUUUUGCUUAG